AUGGCGUUGGUCCAGACGUACGGCAAGCCUGACAUCUUCUUGACGAUGACCUGCAACCCUAACUGGCAGGAGAUACAUGAUGCACUACUUCCAGGACAAACCCCUCAGGACCGACCAGACAUUGUGGUCCGAGUGUUUAGGGCCAAUCUCGAGAUGAUGAAAGAGAUGCUGACCAAGAAGCAUAUUUUGGGCGUUGUGAAGGCCUACGUCUACGUGGUCGAGUUCCAGAAGAGGGGCCUCCCGCACGCCCAUUUCCUGUUGAUCAUGGACUCAAAAUAUAAGCUUAUUGUGCCAGAGCAAUACGACCGCGUCAUAUCCGCCGAGCUCCCGGACAAGAAUAAGUACCCCGAGCUAUACGCCAUAGUCGUGAAGCAUAUGAUGCACGGCCCAUGCGGUGUCCUCAAGCCAAACAACAUGUGCAUGCAAGAUGGGUCGUGCAAGUGUAGGUACCCGCGGGAAUUCAACGAAACCACCGUACAGGGGAAGGACUCAUACCCCAUUUAUCGGAGACGGAAGGACGGUUGUUGUGCGAAUGUCCGAGGCCAGAUGCUAGACAACAGAUGGGUUGUGCCUUACAACCCCUACCUCUUGCGGAUGUUUGACUGCCACAUCAACGUGGAGGUGUGCUCUAGCAUAAAGGCCGUCAAGUACCUAUAUAAGUACGUAUACAAGGGCCACGAUCAGACUUCGUUCAAUAUCGAGAAGCCCGACGCCGAUGGUAACAUAGAUGAGAUCAAGAGAUUCGUUGACGCAAGGUGGGUUACUCCGCAGGAGGCCAUGUGGAGGAUAUUCGGCUUCAAGCUAUGCGAGAACCACCCAUCGGUCCUACCACUUCCGCUUCAUCUCGAAAAUAUGCAAAUGGUCACGUUCAAAGCAGGAGACAACCUAAAGGACGUCGCCGCCCGAGAGACCCCAUCCAUGCUGACUGAGUAUUUCGUGGCUAACCAGGAGCACGCAUGGGCUCGGGAUAUUCUUUACAAAGAUUUUCCGAGAAGCUUCACAUGGCAAAAAGCAAAAUACUGGAAGAAAAGGGACAAGGGUCAACAAGUAGGCCGGAUUGUGUCUGCCCAUCCUGCUGAGGGGAUCGUGGACGGUGUGCUAUGUGAUAACUUUCGUGAGGCCGCCGAGAGGAGGGGUCUCAUCGAGGCCGACAACACGCUCGACGAGUGUCUUACCGAGUCAGAGCAGUUCGCCAUGCCAGCCUCACUAAGGAGGCUCUUCGCAACGACCUUAGUAUUUUGCGAGCCCGGAGAUGUGCACGGUCUUUGGGAUAGGCAUCUUGAGGCGAUGUCUGACGACUACCGGCGCAAGCACACAUGCCCAAAAGUUGUGGAGCAGAAGGUGUUACUUGAUAUCAGGGGCAUGUUGCAGUCCAUGGGCAAAGACAUAAAGUCGUUCCCUCUCCCAGACAUCGACAAGAGCUACGACAACACAGAUGGAGAGGUCAGGGAGGUCAUCGAGGAAACAAAUAUCCAGGUAGACAAGGAAGACGCUUCUCUAGCGACCUCACUAAACCACGAGCAGAGGCUUGCCUACGAUGAGAUAUUAGCAGCAGUUGAUGGCGGAGAUGGGGGCGUAUUCUUCGUGGAUGGCCCAGGAGGCACAGGGAAGACCUACCUUUAUAGGGCAUUGCUCGCUAGGGUUCGGAGUGAGAGAAAGAUCGCGUUGGCCACAUCAACAUCAGGAGUCGCCGCUUCCAUCAUGCCAGGAGGUAGGACAGCCCACUCGAGGUUCAAAAUCCCACUAAACCUUGAAGAAGGAAAAUCAUGCAGCUUCACUAAGCAGAGUGGGACAGCCAAGCUCUUGAGGAUGGCUUCGCUCAUACUAUGGGACGAGGCAACCAUGACAAAACGGCAGGCAAUUGAGGCAUUGGACAGAAGCAUGCGUGACAUCAUGGAAAUGCCCAAACCAACCUUUCAGGGGCAAGACUAUUGUGUUCGGUGGGGACUUUAG